CUAUUCGUCGUCACAGCACGCGCUCGAGCCGGCGAGGUGUCGAAGAGAGCUACAGAGCGAGAGGGAGAGAGAGCGACGGAGAUGGGGGCGGAGUGCUGUUACGAGGUAUCCCAGAUCGCCUACAUAAAGCUCGUCCUCCACGCCCUCAAGCACCGUUCCGCCGCCGUCAACGGCCUCCUCCUCGGCCGCCUCCGCCAAGACGGAGGCGCCACUGCCACGGUCGAGAUUGCCGACACCGUCCCCCUCUCCCACUCCCAGAUCGGCCUCCUCCCCGCGCUCGAGCUCGCCCUCAUCCAGAUCGAGGAGCAUUUUGAGGCACAGGGGUUGAGCGUGGUCGGUUACUACCACGCCAACGAGAGGCACGACGACGUGGAGCUCGGAAACGCCGCCAAGAAGAUCGGGGAUCAUAUCUUCCGUUACUUCCCUCGGGCAGCCGUUCUCCUGUUGGAUAAUAAGAAGCUGGAAAGGCUGCAAUCAUCGAAGGGCAGGGACCCUGUUGUGCAGCUAUACACAAGGGAUUCAUCAAAAAGUUGGCGUCAGACUGGAUCAGAUGGAAGUAACCAGUUGACUUUGAAAGAGCCAGCAGCUAAUGUAGUGUUAUUAGAUUAUAUUUCCUCUGAAAAAUGGCAAGAAAUAGUUGACUUUGAUGAUCAUCUUGAUGAUAUUAGCAAGGACUGGCUGAAUCCGGGCUUGUUCAAUUAAUUCGGGUGGUUAUUUAUUACUUAUUUGUUAUCGUUAGACAUACCACCAGCAUCAAUUUUCAUAAAGUAAAUUUUUGUUUGCUAAUCUUCCCCCCCAAAAAAUUGGUUCCUGCUGUUGAGACAUGUAUGCGUGCUCUGCUUUACGCACAAAGAACUGCUUUUACUAAACUAGCUCGAGUGCCAUGACUGUCAUGUCUUCAUAAGGGACACCGUUGCUGUUGAAACCUUGGUAAUUUUUGCA